CACAAAUUCGAAUCCCUUCUAAAUGUAUAUCACUAACUCUAGUAUUGGUAUUAGGUAAAUAUCAUCUUUUCCUCAAAAAAGUUUACCAUACAAACUCCAACGAUCGAAGGCAAUUGAGCAAAUGUUUACCCCAUUGGGAUUUGUAUUCGAAUUUUUAUUUUAUUUCAGCAAAAAAAUCAUAAUAAUAAAAUAAAUUAUUAAUUGGAAAACCAUAGGUGGUAUAAACAACCCAAGCCAAAGACCCCACUCUACAAACAAAUUUGAAUCUCUCGCUUUUUCCUCUGUUAUGUUUCUCUCUCGCAAGAAGUUCAUGGUUCUUUUUGUAGUUUCCAAUUCUCUAUUUAUUUGCUAAAUUUAGUAAAACUGGACAUGGGUCGAGCUCAAUUUGGAAACCCUUCGAGAUUAACCCAUAGAGGAUCGAUUAUUCAAUCAAAUUCAGUGCAAUACAGCAUCCCAAACGAUAACUUGAAGGAGAAAACCCAAAUGAAAACUAUGAAACCCAUCUCUUCUUUCAGACUUUCCUCCCUCCUCCGCCUCCAAAAAGAUCCAAUUCUCGCUCUCCAACUCUUCCAGAACCCAAAUCCUCAACACCCAAAACGCCAUAAACCCUUUCGCUAUUCACUCCUUUCAUACGACCUCAUCAUUUCCAAGCUUGGACGUGCCAAAAUGUUCGACCCAAUGGAGCAAAUCCUCCAACAAUUGAAGCAAGAGACCCGCUUUGCUCCACCAGAGAUCAUCUUCUGCAAUGUCAUUUGUUUCUAUGGCCGGGCUCGCCUUCCUCAACGUGCACUCCAGGUGUUUGAUGAAAUACCCUCUUUUCGUUGUCAGCGGACAGUGAAAUCCUUCAAUUCCCUGCUGGACGCGCUUUGUAAGUGCAGUGAGCUUCAGAAGGUGAGGGAAAUUUUUAUGGAUAUUGAGAAUUAUGUGUACCCAGAUGCUUGUACGUAUAAUAUUUUGAUCAAGGCUUGUUGUACGAAUGGUUCUUUGGAUGAUGCAUGGGUUGUGUUUGAUGAAAUGCGUAGUAAGGGUUUUUGUCCAAAUGUGGUGACUUUUGGGAAUUUGAUUUAUGGGCUUUGCACGGAUUUAAAGCUAAAGGAAGCCUUUAACUUGAAAGAAGACAUGACUAGAGUUUAUGGGGUUAAGCCUAAUGCAUUUGUAUAUACAUCAUUGAUCAAAGGGCUUUGCAAGAUCGAUGAUUUAAGUUUGGCUUUUAAGCUUAAGGAAGAGAUGGUAAAUAAUAAAAUUAAAUUAGAUUCUGCAGUUUAUUCUACUUUGAUCGGUGCACUCUUCAAGGUGGGUAGGAAAGAUGAAGUUUCUGGGAUUUUGGAGGAAAUGACUGUGAAUGGAUGUGAACCUGAUACUGUAACUUACAAUGCAAUGAUUAAUGGGUUUUGUAAGGAAAAGGAUUUUGAAGCAGCUUAUGGAGUUUUGGAUGAGAUGGUGAAGAAGAACUGUAAACCUGAUAUUAUUAGUUAUAAUGUAAUCAUUGGAGGAUUAUGCAAGGAGGGAAAAUGGAUUGAAGGAAAUGAUUUAUUUGAAGAUUUGCCAAGGCGUGGUUGUAAACCAGAUGUGGUAUCAUAUAGAACAAUUUUUGAUGGAUUUUGUAAUUGGAGAAGGUUUAAAGAAGCUAUGUUUAUUUUAGAAGAGAUGGUAUUUAAGGGGUAUUCACCCUGUUCUGCAAGUAUCCAUAAACUUCUAGAUGGGUUGUGUCAGGAAGGUAACGUGGAGUUUAUAUCGAAAGUUCUAAAUAGUAUUGGAAAUGCAAAUGUUGUUGAUUUAGGUACUUGGGGUUCAGUGAUUUCUGUUGUAUGCAAGAAGGACAAACAAUCAGAUUCCAUUAAUCUUAUUGAUACUCUAUUAGUGUCAUAAAUUGAUAGUUUCUCUCUGCAAUACUA